GCCCAAGAGCCGCAGUGAGCGCCGCCGCCUCCCUCGCUGCAGCUGCGGCCCCACGGCUGGGGCGUUGCCGAAUGAAUGGCCAUCGGAGCCUCCGAGCCCUCCGGGUCCUUGGCACCCUGGCCUUGCCGCGCCCCUGCGCACGGCUGCCCACUGGGACCUGGGACAGCACAGGCAAAGAGGCGCAGGGCUGGGGUUAGCCUGGGGCAGAAGGCGGGUGAAGGUUGCCGAACUGUCCCCCUGGCUGGACAUGUGGGGUUUGACAGCUUGCCUGACCAGCUGGUGAAUAAGUCCGUCAGCCAGGGCUUCUGCUUCAACAUCCUGUGCGUGGGAGAGACAGGUUUGGGCAAGUCCACCCUCAUGGACACCCUGUUCAACACCAAGUUCGAAGGGGAGCCAGCCACCCACACACAGCCAGGUGUCCAGCUCCGGUCUAAUACUUAUGACCUCCAAGAGAGCAACGUGGGGCUAAAGCUCACGAUCGUUAGCACAGUUGGCUUUGGGGACCAGAUCAACAAAGAAGACAGCUACAAACCCAUCGUGGAAUUCAUUGACGCACAAUUCGAGGCCUACCUGCAGGAAGAGCUGAAGAUCCGAAGAGUGCUGCACACCUACCACGACUCCCGAAUUCACGUCUGCUUGUAUUUCAUUGCCCCCACGGGUCAUUCCCUGAAGUCUCUGGACCUAGUGACUAUGAAGAAGCUGGACAGUAAGGUGAACAUCAUCCCUAUCAUUGCCAAAGCAGAUGCCAUUUCGAAGAGUGAGCUAACAAAGUUCAAAAUCAAAAUCACCAGCGAGCUUGUCAGCAAUGGAGUCCAGAUCUAUCAGUUUCCUACAGAUGAUGAGUCGGUGGCAGAGAUCAACGGAACCAUGAACGGCAGCAAGCCAUUCUCAGUACAUAUUUGUAGAAUGGAUGAGUGGGCAAAUGGCUCAAAAUAUCUGAGAUACUUUCAAUACCCCAAACCCCGCUAUGCAGUUGAAAACGAGGCCCACUGCGACUUUGUGAAGCUGCGUGAGAUGCUGAUUCGGGUCAACAUGGAGGAUCUGCGGGAGCAGACCCACACCCGGCACUAUGAGCUGUAUCGCCGCUGUAAGCUGGAGGAGAUGGGCUUCAAGGACACCGACCCUGACAGCAAACCCUUCAGUUUACAGGAGACAUAUGAGGCCAAAAGGAACGAGUUCCUAGGGGAACUCCAGAAAAAAGAAGAGGAGAUGAGACAGAUGUUCGUCCAGAGAGUCAAGGAGAAAGAAGCGGAGCUCAAAGAGGCAGAGAAAGAGCUGCAUGAGAAGUUUGAUCGUCUGAAGAAACUGCACCAGGACGAGAAGAAGAAGCUGGAGGAUAAGAAGAAAUCCUUGGAUGAUGAAGUGAAUGCUUUCAAACAGAGAAAGACGGCGGCCGAGCUGCUCCAGUCCCAGGGUUCCCAGGCUGGAGGCUCACAGACUCUGAAGAGAGACAAAGAGAAGAAAAAGUAAGU